UUCUCUCUCUCUCUCUCUCUCUUUGGCGCUCUCUCUCUAGAGAAGAAGAAGAAGAUGGAGCUCUCGGUGCGUUUGGUUUCAGCUGUUUUCCUCGUGCUGAUGCUCCUCGCCGCCACUGAGACGGGGAACAUGGUGGCGGAGGCGAAGACAUGCGAGUCGCACAGCCACCAGUUCAAGGGGAAGUGCGAGAAGAAGAGCCACUGCGCCGCCGUAUGCAGGACGGAGGGCUUCACCGACGGCCACUGCCGGGGCAUCCACCACCGCUGCUUCUGCUCCAAACACUGUUGAUGAUGAGUUCUGAGAAUCCAUGGCUGUCGUACGUGCAAGGUCGUCUCCUUCAAUAAUUCAGCUAGCUAGCUAACCGUAGUAGUAAUAAUGAGUCUCUAUGUACUGUGUUCACGAACGGAGGCUUCACUUCCGCUUUCUUCUACGGUGUCUAAUCCAUAGCUCUGUCUCUCUUA